AUGGAUUCUUCGCAGCAAGUAACCUAUCGCACACACCGCCCAGGAGACUUGGGCUACAUUGUCUACCAGGAGAGCCUAGUCUUUUGCCAGGGACUCGGCUACAACCAAAAAUUCGAGGCCCUGCUCGCCAGGAUCGCUGCAGACUUCCUUGAGAAUUUCAACCCCACCAAGGAACGCUGCUGGAUUGCAGAAAAGGGAGGCUUAUUCAUGGGAUGCGUGAUGCUCAUCCAGCACCAAGAACUCGAAAAGGCGGCCAAAUUGCGGUUCCUGCUAGUGAGCGAUAACGCACGAGGCCAAGGUGUUGGUUCAGAAUUUGUUCGUCAGUGCCUCGGCUUUGCAAAAGAAGCAGGCUACGAGUCCGUAUAUCUGGGGACGGAAAGAUCACUUGUUGCCGCUCGGAAUAUUUAUAGGAGGGCGGGGUUUGAGAUUGUCGAGGCCGAGACCAACAGCGAAUGGGGUUUUCAAACUGACCUUGAAACAUGGAGACUUCAGCUUUGA